AUGCUCCGCUACGAAUACUCUGUCGAAGUUGAUAAGUCGGCCCUAGAGGGUACGGGCUUUUGCAUUACAUUCCCUAUCCGCGUUCACCGGGAAGAUGGCUUGGCAAGGGCUGUCAGCGCCCAGUUCCUCCAAGACUAUAGCGCCGCCACGGAGCAGAAGUCUCUUGACUUGAGUUUGGGGGCAAGUUGUCCCCUUGGACAUUUCGCAUCCCUCGUUAUACCCGAGUGUUGUCCCAAAAGGCUUCCUUACGCAGCUAAGAUGUUUGAAUACAUGCACUUCGAAGACGAUCGGCUUGAAGCACCAAAGUCAGCCACAGAGAGGCAAAAUGUAUCCGAGUAUAUUGCCUUCGGAAUGCCAAGCAGUUUCGGUCAGAUAUGGGGAAAGAUUUGGGGAUCGUGUUCCAAAUAUCGGCGGCUUCAGAUAUCUCUGCUCGUGGAAGGGAUCUGGCAGUGUGGAGCUGGCAUCCUAUCGAUGGUAGCCCAUUUCAGAGAUGUUUGUGGUGAGAACGCGCAGGAUAAUAAGCUCACCACGUUCGACGAAUAUUUGGAACACCGAGUAACUGUUGGUGGUUGGAUAGCUCUCCUGGAAUUUGUACGCCACGUGAUGGGGAUUACACUAGUGGCUCGUGAGAAAGCGGCGGUGCGUGAUGUUAUACACCCGCUGCAUAUUUUCAUGGCGCUCUCAAACGACUAUUUCAGCUACAAGAAAGAGAAGUUCCUGCAUGAACGACAAGAGCGGCCAGGGAUUGUCUAUAAUGCGGUUGCCAUUGUGGCCGAACAAGAUUCACUCACUGAAGAGCAGGCACUCAAAUUGAUACGAGACAAGAUUAUUCAGGCUGAGUUGACCCACCACGAGGAACUGGAAAGCUUGAAGCAGAAUGGGCCAUGGUCACAGGAUAUGGUCAGGUAUAUAGAAGCUUGUCGUUUGGCCGCGGGUGGGCUAUUUCUUAUGACUGCGACAACGCCUCGGAUGGUCGUAGACGCCCACGAUGCCCGGUAA